GCUGCUUGUGCCACAUAGUCAAGCCAAAGGAAAGUAGCGCCGUAGCUCUCCCCUUAGCAUCUCCAGCAGUCUGACGGCCUGUGGCCAUGGCCAAAGACCCAUUGGCAGAGGCUGGCUUUCAUUUUGACGAACUUAACAAGUUGCGGGUAUUGGAGCCCGAGGUUAGCCAGAAGACCACAGAACUCAAGGAAGAGUGUAAAGAAUUUGUUGACAAAAUUGGACAAUUUCAAAAGAUAGUUGGAAGUCUCAUUGAGCUGGUAGAUGAAUUGGCAAAAGAAGCAGAGACAGAAAAAAUGAAGGCUAUUGGGGCCAGAAACCUGCUAAAGUCGGUGGCAAAACAAAGAGAGGCCCAACAGCAACAACUUCAGGCUCUUAUUGCAGAGAAAAAGUUGCAGCUUGAAAGAUACCGCAUCGAGUAUGAAGCCCUCUCUAAAGUGGAGGCUGAGCAGAACGAGUUCAUUGACCAAUUCAUUCUGCAGAAAUGAGGGUGUGACAAAAGAUCAAGAAAAUAUCUUUGUGUUCGUUUGGCUUUUUUAGGUUUCAGAGAAAUGCCACCUUCUGGUUUCUGUGGAUAAUACUCACCAAAUGGGAUUACUUUUAUGCAAACACAGACCAAACCCUUAUUCUAAAGUAAUCUCAACAGCUCCAGCUAACAUAACCAUCUUUAGACCUCAUGUUGCAGUUGGAUGGUUCCUUCUUUUUUAAAUGUCAUCUGUAAAGGGAUCACCAGCUGGCUAGCUGUGGCCCCGCCGGUCACUUGUCCAUGGCAUUUCAGGUACUGUAAAUUUGAAUAUAAUUGGGACCUUAAUUUCUGUUCACAUCAAAAGUCUCAUAUCACCAGAGAGGAUCCAAGCUAUUUAUAUACAAAGAAACAUAUUUAUACUAUUUAUACUACGGAAUUGUUCUGUAUAUCUAGUUUUAUUACUUUUGUACCAAAUGAAGAAACACAUGUGCAUGCUUUUGUAAAGGAUUUCUUUAUUUUCCUAAGGGAAAAAUAUUUGAAUUUUGUCAUCUUUUGAGUUGUAAUUUUCUUGACGCCUCUCUUUAACAUCUCAAAUAUUUUAGUUGGUGGUGGCAAGUGUUUUUAUUCCAUUUUCAAAAUCUCAUUCUGUAUAUUUCCAACAUAAAUAUAAAUAAUCUUUUUAGUUUUAACACUAUCUUUUAAAGUCCUUUACUCUUUAUAAUCUACCCUAAAUUUUUCAUCCAUGUUAGCCUUUUUUAUAUUGAUUUAGCUGACUGGUCAAUACUUGAAUAAAUAUAUUGCACAACAGUGUGUAAUCAUUUUGCAGGAAAGAUGAUGGGAGCCUAAAGGAUUAACUCGUGACCAGAUCUGAGACGUUUUCUUUUUGUCUUGUGUGGGAUGUCAGUGCUCGAACUCGUGCCUCAAUAAGUGUUUCCUUGUAAUAUUUAAUCAGUGUCUUUCCAAAGAAAGACAUUUUAUUUUACUUUUGCAUGAAAACACAAUUUCAAGCAAAUUUUCCAAGAAACAAUAUUUUUGUGUCAACCAUCGACUUCUAAUGCUGUAAAACAUAUGAAAUGGCAUAAGAGUAACAAAACAGUCAUCGUGUGCCCAUGGAGUUAUUGGUGAAAUGACUGAACCCUCGUUUUUUUUUUUUGAUUUGACUUUGAAAAUCUAACAAAUAAAACAUAAUUUUAUUGCAUUUCUUUCAUUCCUUAUUACAUAACUAAGGUUUUUAGAAAGCUGGGUUUCGCGGGCCCACCAUCAUUUUCAUGGUUUUGGCCACCAUUCGGUCCUUUUCCAUUUCCCUCCAAUUGACCACCAUCACUACUCAGUUUAACAGUCUUUCCAUCGUCCUGUCCUCUCCAUCCUGCCAACUCCCACCUUAUUUCCUGUGCUGGUUCAUGGACUGCCAAAUCCACUUGACCACAUACACAUGUAACUGCUUGAUCCAUGUGGUAAAUUUCAAUAUGAUGAUUAUUUAAACAGGUUGAACUUUAAUGUGCUUUUGUGCGAGCGGUGGCACACUUGCUGAUAAUUGGCUUUCGCCCCAGAUUUGAGCAUUCUGAGGGGAACCCAGGAUCACAGUCUUGGUUGUAACCAUCAGUGAAGAUUAUCAGGGAGUCAAAGAGGUUUCAUUCGUAACAACAAAUUAAUUUGCAGACUGAUUUAAGAUGC